AUGUUCAACAAGCCCUGCGCCGAUGUGCAGCUCCUGACAGACUCGCAACGAAGCUAUGGCAUUCAUGACCGGAUUGAAGGUACAAUUUCGUUCACUCCCCAGCAGUUACUUGCUCCGGAUCAAUUGAACUUGUCAUUCAAAGGCACAACCACCGUAUCCAUGGACACCAACGAAACCAACAUCCCUCUACCUCCAUCAGCAGCAUCGCAGACCUUCCUCCGCAUGCAACAACCGUUAACUGAAUUACCGCAUUCGAAGCCCGCGAGUCUAGAAAUCGGGACAACGUACCUCUUACCAUUCGAUUUUAUUGUGCCGGCCGAAAUCCCCCAUAAUGUCUGUCGACAUUCGCAUCGUCACGAGCAGGUCCAUUGGGAACAUUGUCAACUUCCGUUAAGUAUGGGUCAACGGUCUAUCCGGCAGCUUAAGGACUCAAUAGUGGAUGAUAUGGCACCAGAGGGUAUCGAUAUCACGUAUUCAAUAUGUCUUCGGGUGUUCGAGAGCUGUCGCAAGACUGGUAUUAUCAGAACAAUCGCAGAAUGGAGGCAUCCAGUACAUAUCCGCUCAUCGCGAAAAGAACGGCCACCGCUACUUAUCCCAUGGGAAAGUCGAUAUUACUGUUUGAGUAAAGAGAAGAAGGUUAUUGGGGGAUGGUGUCCACGGGAAUUAGGGACAUUAUCCGUCAAAACAGCACAGCCGGCUGCCGUUCAGUCACAUCGACAAUUCGGUCUUCUGACUACAACCAUUACAGCAAACCUGCAAUAUACUACCUCGGCACGAUCACCACCGCCAGAAUUACAGUCAACCCAUCCUCAACUCAAUAUCCUCACCUUUUCUUCCCUGGAACCAUGGCCCGAUUUCCCGGAUUUGAUAGAUUCGUCGAUGUAUCCGUACCAUAAUAGAUUGAACAUGCGGAUGAUGCCUUUGCAGCCAUGUCAAUUGGGUGCAUUAGAAUGGCAGACGUCCAUUUCGGAGAAGGAUCUCAGACAAGAGUCGACAACCUAUACGGCAUCUGUGCAAGUCUCUGUUAUUUUGCCGGACAAGACGGCGUAUAUCCCGACAUUCCUCUCAUGUCUUGUUGCGCGAAUAUACUCGAUGAAGCUAUCGUUUUUGUAUCGUGUCGAGGGUCAAUGGGGCAAGACGUCCAAGAUUACAGUGACAGUACCGGUGCAGAUAUGUUGAUAGAAUACAAUCCAUUUCUAGACAAAUAGAGGCGUAUCAUCCACUGGUAGCUAAAUUAGGGUAAUGCAAUAAUUGACAAAGAUUUUCGAACAAGGCUGUGUUAUGUGACUCCUUGGGCGAUUUUCCAACAGCCAGCAACGGAAGCGUUGACGAAAAAGCCCGUCUCCUAGAAUCAACAAUAAGGCUUAUGCUAAUGUUGGACUCCUAUUUAAGACUCGCGCAGUCUACCCAGCCUACACUGUGGCAUACGGAUCUCCACAUGUGAAAUAUUUAAGUGGUACCUAACG